AUGCCCAAGGGUGCUCGCAGGGACCACAGCGCCCUUCAGAUUCUGGUGGGUUACUUGGACUGUGAACACUACUUCAAGAGUCAGGGAGGGCGCAAAAAGCACUGGAAUACUUCGCAUCCAACAUUCAAAUCAGCUCCAGAUCAAGACAAGCCUGAGGAACCGCUCAAUGACUUCCCCACAGAUCAUAACGACUUCUUCGCAGGUCAUGAUGACUUUCCCGCAGGCUCAUUUGACGCGGGUCAGGCUCUCGAUGAGCCUGACAAUCUGGACGGGAAGUUUUGGGGGCCAGGUCGUCCUUGUGAUGCAACAGGUCAAUUCCUUGAAGAUGGAGUGCCCCCAACGCCGCCACCAAGCAAAUCGCCUGAUGAUUGGACUCCAUACCAGGAUCGUGUUGAGUUUGAAACCGCAGAGUUCCUGUACACACACAACCAAAUGUCCGCCGGGGACAUAAAUAUCUUACUGGAUCUUUGGGCCGUGACCCUCUUGAAACACAACGACAAGCCGCCAUUUGCGGACUGCCAUGAUUUAUAUAAGACCAUUGACAGUACAACUCUUGGCGAUGUCAAAUGGCAAUCUUUCCAGGUUAAGUACACGGGGGAGAAGCCAGCUGACAAUGUACUGCCCUGGAUGGAUGAAUCUCAUGACGUCUGGUAUCGAGACCCCCAUGAGGUCAUUCAGAACAUGUUGGGGAACUCAGACUAUGCAACGGAGAUGGAUUACCAGCCCUACUGCAAGUUCUCGACUGACGGCGACAAACACCAAUGGCAGGACUUCAUGUCUGGUGACUGGGCUUGGAACCAAGCGGACAAGAUUUCCAAUGAUCCGGAUACAAAUGGCUUGACCGUUGUGCCAGUUAUACUCGGAAGUGACAAGACAACAGUUUCAGUGGCAACUGGCGCCAACGAUUACUAUCUGCUGUACGUAUCAAUCGGGAACGUUCAUAACAACGUUCGAUGUGUGCAUCGUGACGCUGUUGCCAUCAUUGGCUUCCUAGCUAUGCCAAAAACUACAAAGGAGCAUGCCUCCUGCCCAAAAUAUCGGAAAUAUUGCUGGCAACUCUUUCAUUCGUCCAUCUCAAAGAUUCUCAAUAAUUUAAGGCCUGGUAUGACUAAACCAGAGAUUGUCCGCUUCGGUGAUGGGCACUAUCGGCGCGUUAUCUAUGGGCUUGGACCAUAUAUUGCAGAUUAUGAAGAGCAGGUUCUAUUAGCGUGUAUAGUGCGCUCUUGGUGUCCAAGGUGUAUGUCACAUUGCAAAGAUUUGGAUUCUGAGUCGUUGUAUCGCAAUUGUGACCACACAGAAGCACUCAUUGAAGAAGUAUCAUCUACCGAUCUGUGGGACGAGUACGGGAUCAUCAGUGACCUUGUCCCAUUUACAAAUGAUUUCCCUCGAGCUGAUAUUCACGAACUUAUCGUGCCGGACCUCCUACAUCAAUUAAUUAAAGGAACUUUCAAGGAUCAUUUAGUUGAGUGGGUUGGAAAAUAUCUGCACCAUGUAUGCCAAUCAAGAAUUGCUGCAGUGGCCUCAUUCUCAGGUCUUCGACGUUUUCUGCAAGGCCAAGGAUUCAAACAAUGGACUGGCGAUGAUUCUAAAGCCCUGAUGAAGAUGUGGUGCACACAUUUCGCGCGUUUCCUUGAAUUCUGCUAUCUCGUACGGCAUAAUAUUAUCAUGGAAUCCACAUUGGUUCAAAUACAGGACGCUCUUGACCGAUUCCAUCAUUACAGGAAGAUCUUUGAGUCCACAGGUGUCGUACUCACAUUCUCCCUCCCUCAACAACACUCUUGUUCCCAUUACAUCCUCCUUAUCCGACUGUUUGGCGCACCGAAUGGCCUUUGUUCCUCGAUCACAGAGACAAAGCACAUCAAAGCCGUCAAAGAACCGUGGAGGUGCUCGAGUUGUUACAAAGCCCUCGGCCAAAUGCUGGUGGCAAACCAGCGCCUUGAUAAACUUGCAGCAUCGCGCAUUGAUUUCAAGAGCCAUGGGAUGCUGGAUGCUAACGAGAAUAGCAUUGUGCUACUCCCUAACCUCGACAUUACGAUACAGGGUGACAAUGAAGAGGGCAAAGUUAUUGACAGCCCAAUGGUUGUGCAGGCCCAUGUUCAGUUGGCAAAGACACCCCAACGCAAAUAUGAUGAACGCUCUCCCUCUGACGUCCCACUCGCAAGGUGUCCUCGAUUCGAUGGUGAUAUUCAAGUCUUCAACUGCGCAUCUUCGAUAUUCUACACACCCAGCGACCGUAGUGGGAUUGGUGGCAUGCGUCGGGAGUAUAUUCGUGCUUGUCCUCUUUGGAGAAAUGAGGUGCUGCGCUAUGAUUGUGUGUUUGUGAACACAGAUGCAGGUGUCGAAGGGAUGGGGGGCAUGGACAUAGCCCGUGUCAUGUGUUUUUUCUCUUUCACGUUCAAGGCAGUUUUGUACCCAUGCACUGUGGUGCAUUGGUUUGACAAAGUCAAUGAUGGACCCGACGAGGACACUGGGAUGUGGAUCGUUCAACCUUCGUAUGAUGUUGGCCAUUCACGGUCAAUCGGAAUCAUUCAUGUUGAUUCUAUUUACUGUGCUGCACAUCUCAUCCCAAUCUACGGAACACAUGCCAUCCCACAGGACCUCAAGCACUAUGACUUGUAUGAUGCUUUCUGA